AUGGUAUACGAUUCGUUGACUGAGGCUCCUCACAACCUCAAGGAGGGUAUUGACUGGUUGAUAGCCCUGAAGGUAGUUGAUCCUGAAACCAACUUCAAGGCUAUGGGUGCGGCACUUCACAAAUUUCUAGCAGACAAGCCCGUUGGAUUCACGGAGGUGCCAGCUCUGGAGAAGGUAAAGAGUAUUUCUAAGGAGUUCUUGGAGAAACGGGAGCUCAAGGAGCAGCCAUUCAUAAGACAGCUGUUAAGGAGAUUCAACAAGAAGAGGGGUGAAAAAAUCACCUUGUUAGAUAGGUGGUUCGAAUCUAUAGCCGAAAGCGAUUAUGCUAACGUCGUAGAGGCAAGAGGUGUCACCGCUAAAAACAUUGGAGAGAAAUUAAGUAAAGCCGUAGCUGGUUGUGAAAAGUUCCUGGAAAAUAUCAAAAACCCCGACCAAUAUGAGUCUGCCUACAGUCCAGAGGCUACGUGGGAUGCGAAAUGCGCGAAGGACGCGGAAGCAUAUGCGAUCAUAUUCGUUGGGAUUGCACCAAUGUUAUACGCGGGCCUACGGUGCUUGAAGCAUGCGAGCGCAGAUGGUCUGAACCGUGUAUGGCUAGCUAGUUAUGGGGAGUUGCAAUUGGGAGAAGUAAUGAAAGCUGUUGGGUACAAGCAGCCUGAAUGCCGCGCUAGUAUGAGUCGUUCAGAUGUUUUCAAGACGUUGCAAAGUGUGAAAUAUGACAUGUUGACCAUAUUCUACGACCUCUCUGGAUUCUGGGCUUUCUACAGGUUUGAUAAAGCAGGGGAUCUUAAAAUUGAACAAUCUUUAGAACCUGAAAAACCUGCAGAAGCUAAACACCCUGCGGGAACUAUAGGACUUGAAGGAGAUGUUGAACCUGAGGAAGGCGCGAAAUAUGUAGAAGAUGAAGAAGGCGUGGAAGCUGAAGGAGUUGAAGAAGGUGAAGAACCUGAAAAAUCUUUAGAACCGGUAGAGCCUGUGCAAUAUGCGGAAGGCGAAGAAGCGGACCAAUCUGUGGAACCCGUUAAACAUAUUAAAGAGGAACAACCUACAGGCAUUGGAGAACCUAUUCAGGAGGCAAAAUACGUGAAAACCGUAGAGCCCAUAGAACUCGUGGAAUCUGUAAAACCCGUUCAUGAGGAACAAUUUGUGGGACCUAUUCUAAAGGUACAAUUUACAGGAGUUGAAGAACUGGUGGAAGCUACCAAGCCUAACAAAGGCAAAAACUAUAAAAAGGGUAAAACAGGUAAAAAAAUCUGCAAAAAAUAA